CACGUAGUGUCCGGUACAGCUACUGUUCCCGCGUUAAAUUGUUAUUCCCAGUGUAAUAAUCUCCGGCGGGCGCAAGUACGUACAUUACCUGUUGCCGAGGAGGUGUGACACCCGGCAAAUCCUGUGCCGAGUGGAAAAUGAUGACGCGGUGAUACACAGCGCGUCAAUGAAAUUGCCGGUAUGGACACGGUGAAUGUGUGUAUAUAAGUGGCCGAUCUUCCUUGUUGUGUUACAACACCCCGUCCUUAUUUGUUAGUGGAAUCCAAAGGAGAUGAUUAGUAUUUGUUUGCUUGUAACGUUAUUUCCGCGCUUUCGUCAAUAAUUGCUCUUGUACGCUUUUCCGCAUUACACAGCUGUGCCGUGAUAUUAAAGCCUUCGGGUUGCCAUUUUGACAUUAGAGGUAAUUUUUGGCGGACAUUACGUGGUUACUUCCGCUGUCGACCAGUUGUCUCCCCACGCCAUUUCUGUGCAGCAUUCAGUUUCGAUUAGGAAAGUGUGGUUUAUACGCAAUUUGAAUUAUGGACAAAAGCAGUUUGAUUGCUAUCCUGGCGUCCGCCAUCCUCAUGGUUGUUAUGCAGUGUUUUGCCGUGCCGGUGCCGGCACUGGAUGACGCUGACCUUUUCGACCAGAGCGAAAAUGUGGCCCCAUUCUUCCCCGUCUAUGACCGGCGCACCGCCUAUUCCGGUCCGGAGAUGGCAGAAAUGAAACUAAUGGCGUCAUUAGCGGCGGACGACGCUAGUGCUGUCAAGGCCGGCGUGCCGAGUCCCGCGACGUAUCCCGACAAUUACAGCAUCUUGCCGCCGAUUAAACGCACUCCACCACGCGAUGUCCGCAGCCGGUCCAUCCUGUGCUAUUUCAAUUCGGUGUCCUGCUUCGGAGGAAGACGUCAGAACACGUAGCCCGGUGUUUUCGAAUUGUUGCUGGCCGC